GUGUGUAUGGUGUGAGUGUGUACGAGUGUGUGUCCAUAAUUAGUACGCUGGGUCAGCAUAGAGGACCGUAUGUACAGUAUAUUUCACUGCUAUCGAAACCUGUUGUGUUCUUUGCUGUCUGGAUUCUUGGUUUAUGAAAAUACAUUAAAUGGGAUUUAGGAUUUCAUUGUACAUAAUCAGAAAGUUCAACAGUUCAGGCUGAUCUUGGGAGCUCAUUCUGAUGCAGGACAAUAGCAACCAUGAGCAUGCACCUACCGGUACCACGGCCGAGCUACUCCCAGGCCAGAGAGAACCUAGUGAAGGCCAUCCCACCCAAGAUCCUCUGUCUGUUGGUCUGUGGAGGAAUAGACUGUCGCUAUGAAGGACCAACCUGUUGGAGAGCCAACCAGCAGGCCAUCCUGGGCCUUUUCUCCUCCUGGGUGACAGAUGACAUUCUUGCCAUGGCACGACCCUCCACUCAUCUCAUCGAGAAAUUCGACAUCAUAGAACAGUUUCACAGGUUGAACAUCAAAACUAUCAUCAACAUGCAGUUCCCUGGGGAGCAUGCUCACUGCGGCCCUCCUCUCGACCCUGAGAGUGGCUUCACUUACUCACCCAAGAUCUUCAUGGACAAUGACAUUUACUUUUACAACUUUGGGAUGCCAGACUUUGGUGUUUCCUCCAUGUCUGGCAUGAUUGAUGGAGUGAAGGUGUUGUGCUUUGCGGUGAAGGAAGGAAAAGUGGCCGUCCACUGUCAUGCAGGCCUUGGCAGGACAGGUGUCCUGAUAGCCUGUUACCUCAUCUACACCCUGCGCAUCAGUCCAAGCGAGGCUGUCCACUAUGUACGUAUCAAACGGCCUCGCUCCAUCCAAACUCGGGCGCAAAUCAAUCAAGUGUUUGACUUUGCCCGCCUGCUUGGCACACAGCUAACCCAGUAUCCAGACCUCAGCUUGCGCCAUGGAGCCCCGUUCACCCUGCAACACUACCUAAACCGCCAGGCGCUACUGCUGCAUGGCCAGGAGGCACGCACCCUCAGACACACACCCAAGGUGGUUUACCUCCUGUGUGUGCGCCUUGCCUGCUUAGCCCUGGGUCUUCCUUCUCCUCCGGAGAUAUAUGCUGAACUGGACAAGAGGUCAAUGGUGAGGACCCUGGGCAGGGCUGUGAGGGAGACCCUGGUGGCCAAACAGUACCUGCCUGUGCUGCGGGAGGGGCGCAGGGGCUCCUGGGUGGGCUCGGGGUCGAUGACUUCCUGGGACGAGCCUCUGGGAUUCUUGGAGAGGAAGAGAGACGUGCUGCUGAACAAACGCAGCUACAGUGACUCCGACAUCAGCAAGAUUACAGUGAACGAGGAUCUGGAACUUGACCCAUACUGCAGUCCAGCACUUGGAAAUGAUAGGGACUGGAGUGGACAGGACCUGAUACACGCCAAUUUACGACCUGUUAGUCCCAACGUCACCAAACAAUCAGCAGGCCACUGGACCAACCUAAAGGAAUCUCACACAGUCAAUACCCCAAAAUCUGAUUCAACAGCAACCAACAACUGUGCUAAGAGGUCAAAGUGCUCAGCUAGAAAGAUACAAACGCUCUCCAAAUCCAGCUCCACUAUCGAGCUUUGCAAAACCGUGUAUAAACCAGGCGUAACUUCAGUGGCCCGUGCAGUUGCCAAGGCGAUGGCAUGCCAGGAUGCCCCAGGAGGGACCAUUCUGCAAAGAUCAGCUCUGUUGCAGGAGGAAUUGAACAGCAGUGAAUGUGGAUGGGCUCUACUGGUAACUGAAUCAGAUCCUCAGGUUCUCAGUUGCCUGUUGUGGACCUGGCUGGAGAAACUAAAGGAUCCUGUUUUGAGCGCAGAGGAUAUAGCAAAGUUGACCAUAGGAGCAAACUGCAGGAAACCUCUCAUUCUGCUUAAAAAGCCACAGCGGCACACCAUCUAUUGUCUGUUGAGCUGUGUGAGUACAGUGACCAGCCUGUGUCCACACAGAGAGGACGCAGUGCUGUGGCGGCUGAUGCGGGCGCUAACAAGGCGCCCUCAAGAGGAACUGGAAAGACUUCCGGCGUUGAUGAAGGUUCUCAAGACAAGUUUCAGAGACACUUUUCACAGCUACAGCUCUUUCAUGAGGGUCUGCAGCACCAUAGCCACAAUUUAAAAAAACUGAGGCCAUAUGAUGCGCCUCUGGCACCUCACCUCUGGCGGAACACCAUUUUCUUUCUUUCUUUCUUUCUUUCUUUCUUUUUUUGUAAUUGGUGAUAUUUCAUUCUGGGCUCCUGACUGUUAGGAAAAUAAAGAAACAGAGUUGGAAAAUUCGAAAUAGUCUACCUUGAAAUAAAGGAUCCAAACCAGGACUCAACAGUGACAUUGAUAUUGUUUUUGUAAAAUAAACCUAUUGUAAGUGUUUUUUCAGUAGCAUGUAUGAUGCUGUAGUCCUUUCAGAUGUAAUCCAAAGAAAGUGGCCACACUAUGACCCCGUGGAUGGUUGCAGCCUUUCAUACCCAUUAAAACCUUUGCACCUGCA